GUUCUGUGAGUCUCAAAAUUCCUGAAUCCUGAAAGGAAGAAUAACUCCCUGCCUCGCUUUGGUUGGUCAAAAAGAUGGCGACAGUCUCGAGAUGGGAAGAGAUACUUUGGCGAUUUUGACGCUGUUUCUCAAGUUUAGGCAACUUGCAAUAGCUUUUUAACGACCCAGUCAUGUAACCAAAGUAUUGAUUAGAAGUACAUCCCGUCUGAGCAGCGAGGCAAUAUAUUGCUUGACGGUUCUACAGAUGCAACCACUAACAAGUGCGAACAAGACUUUAAAAACCACAACUUUCUUCUCAGCAAAUGCCGCGAUUCAAAUCCAAGACAAUUAAGCUAAGAGUCCAGUGCCAUACCUGAUCUUUUAAGUAAAGAAAGGUGUUAAGGCAAGGUGGGGCUGUCAAAGCCUACAUGAAGACCAGCCCACCAAAAGUUACCUAGGUUGUGAACAACUGGUAUCUAUAUUGAUGAAAACAUCUGACAGUGAAACUACAAUAGAUUGAAAAACCCAAGAUGAAAUUUGCCUUCUUGAACUAAAAGGUUCAAUAUUACAUAUCAUGAUGCGUCUGUACCCGAGGCGCAUUUUGCGCUCUGUUCUAAUGGUAGCCAUGUUUGUUUUUGUUAUGCUGAAUUUACACAUUCUACUGACGUCUCAGCCAGAUCAACUCGGCAGAGCAAAUAAUCGUCUUUACCAUGGUUACGGACAUUAUCCUGAUGACACUCAUGUUCAGUUUCGGCAGGAGACGCAACCAAUUGAUCCUCAAAGUAUAGAAAUCCUUUCAACUCGUAAACUAGUUAUCCCCCCUGUUGAAGGCUUUUCAACUAGUUCUAAAAAAGACUCCAUACACAAGAAUAUUGAUGUGAACAAUGUGACGUUUAUAAUGGAGGAGGUUCACCGAUUAAACAAAUUACAACAUAUUCAGAAUUUGCCCAAAUUUGGCCUUAAAUUAGACAGUGAAAGUACUGUGAUAGUCGUACAAGUUCACGAUCGUGUAGAGUAUUUAAAGAUUUUAUUGCAAUCAUUACGUAAAGUUCGGAAUAUCCAGAAUGCUUUGUUAAUUAUUAGUCAUGAUGUUUAUUCUAAAGAACUGAAUGAUGUGGUUGAAACUGUUGAUUUCUGUCCUGUGAUGCAAAUUUUUUUCCCAGAUUCGCAACAAAUAUAUUUUAAUGUAUUUCCUGGUACGGAUCCAAGAGAUUGUCCUCGAAAUAUGAAAAAAGAUAUGGCCAUUAAGGCAAAAUGUUUAAAUGCCUUACAUCCCGAUAAAUAUGGUCAUUAUCGUGAACCAAAAUAUUGCCAGGCCAAACAUCACUGGAUAUGGAAGUUAAAUCAUGUGUUUGAGAAGAUAAAAGUAUUAGAUGAAUAUCAAGGAAUGGUUUUAUUAUUAGAAGAAGAUUAUUAUGUAACAGAAGAUGUUUUAACUAUUCUACAAAUGCUUCAAAAUAUACAAAAACGUGAUUGUAAAGAUUGUCAGAUGUUAGUCAUUGGGAAUUAUGAUAAAGUUCAAAAUUAUCAACUUAACUCAGGAAAAGUGGAGAAAUCAUUUUGGAUUUCUUCUAAGCACAACAUGGGAAUGGUUUUUACCAGAAAACUGUGGGAUCAAAUAAAAAAAUGUCAAAAGGAAUUUUGUUACCAUGAUGAUUAUAAUUGGGACUGGACUAUUCAGCAUCUUAGUAUGAAAUGUAUACCUGGAAGAAUUCAGUGUUUACGACUAAAAGCUACUAGAAUAUUUCACAUAGGAGAAUGUGGUAUUCAUCAUAAAGGGAAAAGUUGUAACCCAGGAGAAAAAAUUAAAAAGACAGAGGACUUAUUGUUUAAAAAUAAAAAUCACAUGUUUCCUAAUAUAUUAUCAGUGGUCGGUCAGUCACGAUUUAAAUUAAGGGAUCCAAAAGCCAAUGGAGGCUGGGGUGAUGUGAGAGAUCAAGAACUAUGUUUGAAAUUUUUUAAUACCACAGCUAGCUGAUCAAUAAUUUAGUUAUUUUAACUCGUGACAAGUAUUUUGUGUACCAAAACCUGCAUGUGAAACAAUUACUGGCAAGGUUAUCUGUACCACUUGUGGUGUGCCUAUAUCUAAACUUUGGGGUUUUAUCCGUUAAUAAUAAAUAGUUGCAGCUUUGGUAAAGAAGAUGAUUUUGCUUUAAUACAUAUUUAACUUAGUACUGAUAUUGAAAAUGUGAUGUCCCUUUAAUUUUCUGUAGUAACAUAUUAAGUUAGCCACCCCCAAGAAGAAAGCAAACAUUGUCUGCAGCAUAAAAUUACAGUCAUUGAACAAGUAUCGUCUGAAAUAUGAAAGGACUGAUGCAACCUGGGAUAGGUUGAUAUUUAAAAGUUUCAACUGAAGAAUAAAAAUGUGAGGAGAUUUCUACGAUAUGGACAUAUUAGCACUUUUGCUAAUAAUAUAUACAUAGUAUUCUAAUUUUGACAUGCUUUAAACCCACUAUGAGCACACCAGUUGUUCAAUCGCUUUUGUUAGCAAUUUAUAUUUAGAAAUAAAGUCAUUCUAGAAUAGAAAAGGAAGUUUAAUCAAGGUAUAAAAUAAUUAUAGAUAGAUAAUCAAUGGCUGCUAACGCCUGUGUUUUAGUGCUUUAUUGUCUCCUUGGCAACAAAAGUAGCCGAGUAACAUGGUUUAUAAAACCUGGACGGAGGCUUUAAUAUUUGACACUGUGUAUGAUAAAUAGUCUUAAGAUAUGUUUGAAAAAUUCCUUGUUUUUUUCAGGGAAUUUUGACUUUGACUCUUAUUUACUGUUCAUGAAAACUUAAUCAAUUCUUCUAGGAAUUUUUCAAUUUCUUUAAUAGAAAGUUGAUUUAUUUUACUUAAAAAGUGAUAAGAAUUGUAAGUAUAUUUGGUUGCUUGGUAAAUUGUGCAUUUAUAUGUGGAGUGAAGCAGUUGUGGAAAUUGCAAUCUUCUGGGCAAUCCUCAACAGUGUUUAAUUGAGGUUUUGUUAUAUAUUUUAUUUACAAUGUAUUUGAAAAUGAAUGAAAAUAACUGGAUUAUUAUAGGUUGCCUUACUGUUUUUAAGUAUUACAUGUUGAUGAACAAUCAACAAAAAGAAGAAGAAUAAAUGUUUUUAAGCACAAAAUAAAGAACAAAUUGUAAGAGAAUAAUUAUUAUUAAAAAAGAAUUCAUUAUAUACCCAUGUACUGGUACGUACAUGCCCUUGUUUAUAUUAUAUAUAAAGAAAAAAGUAUUAAUAAUAAUGAGUAUUUAACUAACAGAUUUUUUAUAUUGAUAAACAAUUUAUUUAUAUGUUUUAAGCAGAAAUUAUUAAUAGACUGAAAAAUGAAUGGUCAUGUGCCCUGUUUUACCAGAUUUUAUUGCCCAUUCUCAUUGAUGUUAUAAGACAAUAGACAGAAUAAUUUGCUUCAGAGCUGAAUAUUCAAAAUGUCUGCCAUUGGAAUUAUACUAUAGAUUAUUUCUACUGCAAGAGACAGCCUGGAACAUGUAUGCAAAUAUAUACUGAUACUAGUUUUACAUACAUUCUCAACUUCUGACAUCCUCAAAUAGAAAUUUAUUAUCCAUGUUCACUUCUGCUUCAUUGAGAAAUACAGGGAAAUGCCAAGUUAGUACUUGUGUUACUAUUUAUAGGUACAUGUACACUGUAUUGAUUCAAUCAACAGAUUAAAAUUUGUCCUGAUCAUCCAAUGUACACAAUCAUAAUGUAAUCUGAAAGACUGGACUUAUGGGUAUUGAUAUGUUAAACAGUUGAUAAUGUAGUAUGAAUCUGAUAUAUGUAUAAUCUUAAGAAUACAUGUUCCUGGCUGUCAACAUCGUGAUCAUUUGUAUGUUGGUAUAUUUGAACAUGUGGAAUGUGGGUUUAUACAUUGAUAUGUCAUUCAUUUAAUUUCACUGAUGUAAAUCACUAUUUAAAUUUGUAUUGUAAAUCCUUAACUCAUUGAUUGGGGUUACACUAAAAUAGAACAUAUCAGCUUUAUUGAAUCUUACUUCGCAAAAGCAGACCAUCAAAAUGUUUGUUUUUUUUAAAUACAUCUAUCUGUAUUAUAUACCUGUAGAACUGAAAUAAUUUGAACAAAAGGUUCUAGCAAGCGCCUUCUCAUAAAAUAUUCUUUAAUUAGUCAAGAAAAAAAAAUGUGAGCUUUGAUCAGUUUGUCGUUAUUUAGAUUAGAUUGUAUAUAGACAUAGUUUAUGUAAUGAUAAUGUGCCAAAAUGUUGUUAAUGAUAAAAUUUGUUAUAAAUGAUCUACUGAAAAUCUCUGCUUCCUCAACCAGACAUUGGCUACUCUGGAAGCAUGCCAUGGAUUCAAUCUUCUGCUAUAGAUUGGCUUCAGUCCACCGAUUAACAAAAGAUCAUUUGUAUGAUAUCUAUUUUUGCACUAAAUUAUAAAAAUUGUGUUAGUUUAGUUUUUAACAUUGAAUAUAGAUCGUUUUAUGUGUUUAUAAAUACAAUCAUGUUGUCGUCUCAGUAAUCUUAAUAGAAACUCUAAUUGAAAACACAACAUAUCAUCUCUGCCACAAACAUUCAAACUAAGUAACUGUUCAAAUUUGAUCUGUUUAUUCUGUUGGCUUGAGUAUGAUGAAAAUAGGCAAGCUGUGAAAAUUUGAGUGUAUUAACCAUAAAUACUGGAUGUACCUCACCUAAAAGCAGGGAGGAGUCAAACCUAUAAAUAUUGUUACAAGUCGAUGUGCUCUCAUACUGGGGGAGGGGGGUUUAGUGUCCAUCUGAUUGAACAUGUGCAGUUAUUAGAUCAUAGGGUCUGUCGUUGAGUCAAGUGGCGUGGUUUCUAGUUGGGUCCCCGGUUGAACCGUGUGGGUUUUCUACAGGUCCUCCCACAGCUAAAGGCCCUUACAUGCAAUCAAAUUAUUGAAAUAAAAUUGAACCAUGUGUUAGUCUCAAAAUGACCUUGUUUGUGUUGAGUGGAUGUUACACCCUCUCUCUCUCUCUCUCUCUCACACUCUCCUUCACUGGUAAUCAAUUUUCAGAAGUUUUCUGGUAACCAACUGACCAAUUGAAGAUGUCUCGUGUUAAUUAUAUAUUAUGGCACUGUUCUUUACAUAUGCACUUGACUUGGGCCACAUCAUUUUAUAUUUUAGUUGUUUGGGAUUAAUUAUGAAAAUUUCACUAUUUCUUUGAAACAAAUUAUUUACUCUAAAUUUUAAAGUUCUGGAAAUUAAGAAAAAAAACCAAAACAGGCAUCCCCAAUUAUCUAGAUUCUGAAGAAAUAGAAAUCAAAUUGGUUUGGCCUUAUCUACAGUUUUACCUAAAUACUAUUUGGAGAUGUAUAUAUGUAGUUCAGUUUUAUAUUUCAAACAAUUUUAAAUAAUGAAAGAAAAAGCAUUUUAGUAGACUUCGUUCCAAAUGCUCUAUAUUUAGCUGUGAGUCUUAAGAUUGUGAUUUUAAAUUGUUUAGCUAUUUGUUAUUUUAGAAUUACAAUAGUGGAAAGUCUUCAAUUAUUUGAUAUCAUAAAGUAAAUAAAGUAUGACUUCAGCUGUAAGUAUAAAACCUUACUUCAAGUAAAGAAGUAUUGGCAUUAUAUUGAUAACGUUUACACUCUAGUCAUCAGAUACAAUGUACAAAAAAUUUAUAGAAACGGUAUUGUUUUUCUGUUCUUGUUUAGGACCCCAACCUUAAAUUCUUGCCCUAAAAUAAUUUGAUUGGGGCUCAGAAAUCCUUAUAUUUUAAAUGUGUUUGUGUUUUGUAUACAUCUUUCUGUUUACAUCUGUAUUUAUUUUUUAAUUGUUUUUUUUAAAUACUGUAAUUAACAACAUCCCAAAACUUACAAUUUUAAACAAAAUUUGGAACAAAUAAUUGUUGUUUUUGAUUAAAAUAAAUAAAACUACUAAACUGGGAA